AUGGCUACCACAAUGUGCCAGUGUCUGGGCUUUGGCAUCUCGGCCCUAGGUUUCGCCGGGACCAUCGUUGCCACUGCGUUGAACAUGUGGAGCACACAGGACUUGGGCCAGGAUCUGGUGACCUCGAUUUACAAAUACAUGGGUCUGUGGAAAACGUGCAUGCAGCAGACAUCCGGCUACACGGAAUGUCGCCCCUUCUACACUGUCCUGGGGCUUCCAGCCACGUUCCAGGCCGUCCGUGCACUUAUGAUCGUCGCCAUUGUGCUCGCUUUAAUCGGUUCCGGUGUCUCCAUCAUAUCCCUCAAGUGCAUUCGACUGGGAAGCAUGGACGAUGCUUCAAAGGCCAACCUAACGCUCACGUCCGGGAUCCUGUUUAUCGUUGCAGGAGUUUGUUGUAUAGCUGGUGUAUCGAUCUACGGCAACAUGUUGGUGACAAACUUCUGGGAGGCAAACAUGUCAAUGCUUGGGAAUCAAGGGUCAGUUCAGCAAAGGUACACAUUCGGCUCGGCCUUGUUUAUCGGCUGGGUUUCUGGAGGCCUGCUUGUUAUCGGUGGAAUAGUGAUGUGUAUCGCCUGUCGAGGUCUGGUCCCUGAGGAAGCUCGGUACAAUUCGACCAUCUACAAACUCCCGAGCGGUGGGGGUCCCUACAAGACAGGCUACAAAGCCAGCACACACCACGACAUGGAAAUGACCCACAUUAGGAAGAGCUACCCCGAUGAUAUUGAGUCAAAGAAAUCCGGAUAUAACCGCAACACCGAGGACUCCAGACGUGCCGCAUCCGGGAAAUACGACUAUGUGUAAACUAGCUGGUAACCGCAGGGUGAGAUUCUGAAACAUGGCCAGGGUUUGAUUUGUUUAACAUUCUUCUGAGAUACUUCUGCUGAGCUCACCUUCCUGACCAGUCACUCGCCGGUGUGGUUCCAAUGUAGAUAGGGAUGACCAGCGCAAUCAAUUGGGUAGGGGCCAGUCCAGUUUCUACACAGACCAUGCAAUUCAAGCUCAGCGUGGAGCUCAAAGUGGACAAUGGGGACUCUGCCACUAACACAAAUGAAAAAUUAGGUAGAGAAUAUAGCACCCAUUUUGUACCCCCACUGAAGUUGAAUGUUACCCCAUUGGACAACCCACACUGAGCUUUCAUUAUUGUGCCCAUUCAUAUCACCCAUGCAAAGGAAUACAAAUAUCCAUGAGCCAUUCUAAUACUCCCACAGCCCCCCUAAUCUUGAAGCUAGAAAUUAGAUAAAACCUAUCAGGCCUGAAGAAAAUGGAAGGUGGACUCAGUGACCAGUGCAGCCUCUCAAAUGGGUUCAGGAAGCAACCAAAUGGGUUUCCUAGAAGACAAUGGGUGAGGAAUACAAUGCUGGACGGGUUACAAUGUUCUAUCCCAAAGGGCUGGUAUUAUUGGACCAAACGCUCCCAAUUCUCAAUCUGGAUUGUGGCAGCAGGCUGAGCUGGAGGGAGGUGGGAACUCUGAAAGGUUUCAUUAGCAGAUAAUCUUUCCAAGCUGGCACGCUCACUUAGCAAUCAUGGAGGACAACAGAGAACAUGAAGGUCCUCCUCUACUUUUUUCUUCAGUGUUUCCCAUACACGAGGUACAAGGACAGAGGAGCUGUGAAGUCUUAAUGUCAACUCCAGACUCAGUCACAUUCCUAACAUAGCAUUUGCCUCAAGUUGAUGCAAAGGAUUUUUUUUUUUUUGCAUCCCUCUCCACGUUUCCAAGAUCUUCCUGUCUUACCAUCUCCCAGACUCCCCCUUUCCUUCCAGCCAUUUGAACAUCCCAAAUCCACUUCACUUCUAGCUCGAUCUCCUCCCCCUUCCCUACAUUCAUCUGAUGUUGGCUUCAGUUACACCUCCCGCUCACCUCCUGUUGUACUGAAGCAAGGUGUCAAGGCCAGACUGGCAUGGUUGGUGCCAAUGAAAGUGGGUAACAGUGGAGAUCGGGAGAAGGAGCAAGAAUAUUACUGUGAAUGACAGUCGAGGGAACAAGUGGAGAAGAUCACUUUGCAUCAUAAUACAAGCAGAGGACAUCAUUCCUGGGAGUGACUGCAGUAGUCUCGGUGCCUUUUUAAAUCAAAACACCAACUUUAAGAGGGUGCCACCAACAUGGUUUAAUUGCACAGCUUAUCAAUCAGCUCUCCCUUCAUUCCCCUUCACCUGGUUAGCACAAGGAUUGAUAGAUUAUUUCAUUAUUGUUUACUUUUUAAUUUCUCUGCAACAAAGUCAUGCACCAGGAACGUUUCACAAUCUCACUCUUGCGGUUCAGUAGAAUGUUUGCGCCUUGUGGGUUUUUUUUUUAAGUAACUGUUGUGAACGUGUUUUUUUUAUUCUUAUGUAUAAAUGUCAAGGCAAAAGUUUCAUAUUAUCACAUGAAACAGCCACAAUGAGCCAGAUUCUUUUGGAGUCGGGAAAGCCCUGCAGACCUUUAAAGAUGCCAAAAUCCCAAUCCCACUUCCACCAGAACUGAUUUUUUUUUUUCGUUGUUAAGGAGCUGAGAAUAAUGUACAAUGCGGGGGAAUCUCAAACUCUGCAGGGUCAACUGAACUCUGUUCUGAGUUAUAAUGUGGCUGCUCCAAGCUCUCCACUUUAACCCACAGUUGUGGGAGUUAUGAGUUCAACAAGGGGACAUGGACACUCUUGAAGGGCAGAUAAAGUCUGUUUAAGCAUCAUAAUUUGAAGUUUUACUUUCAAAUCUCCUAUUCUUGAAAUUUGAAAUAAAAGCAGGCUUAAGCUUUCAUUGAGAAUCAAAAAUAACACAAUUUAACAAAGUACUUUUGUUUAACAAGACGUAGGUUGGGGGGGGACUACUAUCUGCCCAUGCAGUUUCAACAGAAUUCCUCAUGCCGACAUUUCAUAAGAGCUAUUAUGACAUCAUUAUGAAUGCUUGUUGAGGCUUCAAAAGGUAGAAUUAUCUCAGCAGGAGAUUUCUAAGUUCGCAAUUUUAUUGGCCACUUAAAUGAUUAACUGGCUUUGCGGCUUUUGAGAAGAAGCUUGUUUCUUUUUUUGUUUAGCCUUUUGUUUCUAAUCAAACGGGUUCAGAGAUGUUAUUACACACCUCUGGAGCUGAUGGGACUUGAACCAGGCUCUCUCAGUCCACGGGUAGGGUCACAACCACUGCAACACAGCAGAAAGUCCUCAGCAUUUUUUAUAUGAGAUUGGACAUUUAAGGAGAUUUAAAAGCUUCAAAUGGGUUUCAUGAAUGGAUUUUUUUUCUACUAUCAAGUGUGCAUUAGAGACAAUUGUAUUAGAGUGCUCGAAGUUUUAAUUCUUUCAUUUCCACAUGGUUUCUGAGUUCUGUAUGUGAUGUAUACUUGGUGAUGAGCUAUGAAGGUGGCAUGAAUUGGCACGGGGGUAAGUGUACGGAAAAUGAGGUGAUAUAGACAGGCCGUAUGGGGGUGUAUAAGAGCCACAAUUUGGUCAGGGGGUAGAGUAAAGAGGAGUGAAGGAUAGACAGCCUAGCAGCUUUUAAAACAACCUAGACUGAGACUCUGAGUACGAGAAGGUGGGCUUUCUAACCAGCCACUUUUCCACUCCCCCAUCCCAGUCUCCACUCACAACCUCCCUCUAAGAUCAGUGGAGACUGGAAUCCUGUAGUUAAAAACUGAGUCUGACAGACCCCUUUAAACGGAGGCAAAUCUACCCAGUCCAGAGCUAUUCCAACUUGAGCUACCGUCCUCAAGGGAAAAGAUCCAGCUCAAUGUUUUAGAAGGUGACAUAAAAUACAUGA